AUGCAGCGACGACUUUCCAUCACUUCGCAAAUCAACGGCUUGCCCACUUUGCCCUUCACGCCUUUUGGGGAAAAUCGAGCCCCAUUCUUUGGCAACAUGCAACAAAAGUCGCCCUCUGGCGAUCUUCCACGAUUCAUCAAGCCCUUGCCCUCCAAGAUUGGACCCGAUGAGAUAUCGUACCUCGAAAAGAAGGGUGUACUGACUGUACCAAAGGGCACUCUGCGUAGUGAGAUGCUUCGUGCUUAUGUCGAGUUUGUGCAUCCAUACAUGCCACUACUGGAUCUACACGACUUUCUUAAGAUGAUUGACAAGCAAGAUGGAAGUAACGGCAAAGUCAGCUUGAUUCUGUUUCAGGCUGUCAUGUUUGCUGGCUCAUCAUUCGUUGACAUGCAGUACCUACACACCGCGGGUUACGCAACGCGUAAGGAGGCUCGCAAAGACUUCUUCCAGAAGACUAGAAUCCUUUACGAUUUUGAUUACGAGUCUGACCGCGUCUCGCUUGUCCAAGCUUUGCUGCUAUUAACGUACUACUAUGAGACCCCUGAUGACCAAAAAGACACCUGGCACUGGAUGGGAGUCGCUACUUCCGUUGCGCAUACCAUUGGAUUACAUCGCAAUCCUGACAACACCAAUCUAGACGUCAAGCGCGUCAAGUUGUGGAAGCGGAUAUGGUGGUCCACAUACAUGCGAGACCGCCUUAUCGCACUCGGCAUGAGACGACCAACGCGCAUAAAGACUGAAGAUUUCGACGUCCCUAUGCUCACCAUGGACGACUUCGAAAUUUCAGCCAUUCCAGAUGAUAUUACAUGCAUUCCAGCCGACUGCCGUGUUGCGAGAGACACUGAUACUCAACGUCAACUGGCUAUUAUGUGCAUAGAGAAGGCACGGUUAUGUCUGUGCAUUUCACAGGUGCUGUCCAAGCAGUAUUGCGUACUGAACAACAAUCACGGCCUCCAAAAUGAUCGGACCACUAUGAUGCUGCUUCCCAAGAAGCUCGACCCCGAGACAAGCGAAGUAAAGGCUUGCGAUGACGAGCUGCAGAAGUGGGUGUCUGAAUUGCCAGACGAGGCUCAAUAUUCAGACAAGCCUAGCGGUGAGCCCACGAUUGAUGUUGCCAAAUCGCUACUGCAUUUGGUCUUCUUCACCACUUUGUCUGCAUUGCAUCGACCACAAGUCUUGCCAAACUCACAGGGUGGGCCAGCAAGUGCACCGACGAAAGUCAAUGUUGAGUCUGAUCUCCUCGAUGUCUCUCGCCGCAAUGUCCGUCGUGCAGCAUCAGCCAUUACCUCAAUCGCCCAUCGUCUCGAUGCUGGUGGUCUAGUCAAAUACCUACCUACGACAGGUGUUACGGUUCUCCUACCAGCCAUCAUUAUCCACCUGCUCGACAUCAAAGCUCCGGAAGAGGAAACACGCCGUAUAUCUCUCCGCGGUUUCUGCCAGUGCAUGGCCGUUAUGGGCAAACUGCGUGAUAUUUACGCCGCCGCCGAUUACUCCGUAGCAUUCCUCGAAGCAGCAAUUCGCAAGGCAGGGAUCCACGUUGCGCCAAUGACCGCACAAGUCUCGCCCAUACCAAAGCCAUCGCCAGUCACAAGUGUCGAAGAUCUGGUAGACGCCGGCCGACGCCUCGACCUCGUCAACGCGACUUCAUCCGCAAGCACGAAUCUCCAGCGCUCGACACUUACACCACCUCCAGACAGCGGCACAACCAACAUGACAGCGCUCGAGAAACAGCCCAGCGACAACGUUACGGAUGAAGAAGUUGCGCGCCGCCUAGAAACUUUCCUCGCCUCCACGCCCCCUGAAUCAGACCAUGAGCAAGUCUCCAGCAUCACUAUUUCCCAAGACGCGCCGUCUCAAAACAUGGCCCCGACUUCUGCCGCGCCGCCUCCGGACGCUUUUCAUAAGUGGAUGACGCUGGAAAUGACCCCGAAUAACAGCCUCGAGUUUAUCAACCACCACCAGGACGACCACACGCUGUUUUCGAGCCUACCGCUCAACAACGAAUUUGACGACGGGGACUUUGACUCGCUGCUGAAUCUGGAUGCCGUGGGCGAGACGUUUACCUUUGAUGAUGCUGCGUUAGACGGCGGGCUGGGCGAUCUUGAUUGGAUGGCAAACGGGGAUCUGGGGAUUUCAGUUGACGCAUGA